AGGAUUACCUCGCCUACCCACACCCAGCCCAACCCCAACGUGAAAUGGGCGACCCAGCGAGCCUCUGUUUUAAGUGACAAAAUGGCCAAACGAGGCGGGCCCGGCCCGGAUCGUCUGAAUGAUCCGGACGAUCCGGAUGAGCACGAUCCUUUCAGUUAUGAGCCGCUCCGCCGCCAAAAGAAACGCCGCCUACUCAAGUCGCUUUGGGCGGGUCGAAAAAAUCGCCCGGCCCCCAGCCAACCCCUGCCCCAGCGAUCGCCCAUCAAAGAGGCUUUUCUCACCCAGGCUGGUCGGGCUCACGGGGGUACCUUACCACCACGGCCAGCCCCAGUCACACAUUGUUGUUUUUGUCAGAUGCCCCUGGACCUCUUGAGUGGGCGGGGCCAGUCGCCCCAUCGCCAUCAAGAGUUCUGCAUGGAGAUGCGAUUUUCGGCCUUGCCCCCUUGUUCGGCGGGCGCGGAUUGCAACUCGUUGAUCCGCUCCCAUUACGCUCAAGUGAAUCACUUUGAGUUAGCUCGAUGGCGAGAUGGUAGUCCGGCUCAAGCCGAUCGGACCAAUCUGAACCCCGAGGACCCGGAGCACCCGGAGGACCCAGAGGACCCGGAGGACUUGACUUGGGCCUCGUCGUUAGUGCCCCAAGUCGUCCUGACUGGUCACGAUUCCGAUGAGACUGAGCUUGAGAGUGGAAAAGAACUGCGGGAAGCGGUGGUCUCGGCGGAGGAGGAUCGUGAUAUGUUUGAAGAGUUGGUCGACGACCAUUUAUCGGAGCCUCACUCCAGCGGGGCCGUCCCACCGGGUCAAUGGCCGGAGUCGAACUCGUCCACCUCUCCGUUCAUGAUCCGGGCUGAGAAGGAUGACGAUAACGUGGAGGUGGAAAUCCAGGUGGCCGAGCACGCCCAGUUGCGAUCGAUUACCUUGCAGAUCCCUUCGCCCGAAAAGCAUCUAGAGCAAUCCUUGAAAAUCCUCAGCGCCUCGGUAGUGGAGCACCCGCUCAAUGACAAUCGGGUGUCGGUGGCGGAGGCAAAAAAGCGCUUUCAGUCCAUUUUUAAUCGUGCCCAAAAAGCGGAACCCGUUGUGCCCGCCGCUAUGACUAGUCUCUCGGACGAAGUAAGUCCCAUGCCUGGCUCAUCCGGAUUGGGUCUGCGAAAAUGCCCAUUCUACCGGAAAAUACCUAGUACCUCUUUUGUAGUAGACGCCUUUUCUUACGGGAUCAUUCCGGGCGUGACCAAGUACUUCCUGUCCCAUUUCCAUUACGACCACUACAACGGUUUGAGGAAAAGCUUCAAUCAAACCAUCGUGUGUAGUGUGAUCACGGCGCGAAUGAUCCAACUCAAAAUCAAAGUCCAUGACCAAUUCAUUCGAGCUCUGCCCAUGAACGAGCCGAUCAUUAUCGAAAACGUCGAGGUUACGCUCCUUGACGCCAACCAUUGUCCCGGGGCCGUUAUGUUUCUCUACAAGUUCGUCAACGGAACGGCCAUCCUGCAUUGUGGGGAUUUUCGUGCCACGCCCCAUAUGGAAGAGUGUCCGGCGCUCUGGAACAAUAGCAUUGACAAAGUGUUCUUGGACACAACUUACUGUAAACCCGAGUAUGAUUUUCCCUCACAAUCCGAUGUGAUCCAAGCCACCAUUGACUUAGUAGAAGCUCACUUGGCCACUCGUCCGAAGACUCUGAUCCUGGUUGGAACUUACACGAUUGGCAAGGAGCGAAUCUUUACGGCCUUAGCCGACAAAUUGGAUUGUUCCAUUUGGGCCAGCACGGAAAAGACGAGAAUUCUAAAAACGCUCGAUGACCCAAUCAUCGAAAAUCGCCUGAAAAGCAAUCCCCGCAUGGCCAAAAUUCACGUCAUGGAGAUGAAGCGUGUGCGAGAUCGCGGCUCGCUCAAGCAAUAUCUGGAAGUGUAUCGUGGAUGCUUUCAGCAUAUAUUGACCGUCAUCCCCACGGGUUGGACCCAUGCCCGGGGUUCGACGUCUGAAUGCUCUCUCAAGUCGUUACGCAUCAAGACCUGUGGCACUGUGUCUAGUUUGGAAGUGCCCUACAGUGAGCAUUCGAGUUACUCGGAGCUCGAGCGAUUUAUCAAAUUCCUAAAAUUACCAUCCAGCGAUCGCAUCAUCCCGACCGUCAAUGUCGGUAAUCCAGCCGAGCGUGCGAGUAUGAAGAAGAUAUUUCAGGGCUGGUUGGCGAACAAGUCGCCUUCACCUCACAUUAAUGAGUAUUUCAAAACUAACUCAAGGGCAUGAAUGGGUCAAAUGUGCUACGGAAUACGGAUGCGUUCUAUAAAAGAUGAACUAUGUUUAUCCACGAGAUGGCAUCUCAGGGACGGCAUUUUUCGAAACUAUAUUAAAAUGGUUUUCAUUCA